GUAGAAACCGAGUAGUCGACGUAAAAUUGACUCCCGAAAUAAACACAAAUAUCCCUGUUUCUACGGAAAAUUAUCAACUGAAACUGUUAUCCAAAGUAGUGCAAAGUGAACUGUAAACUUCAGUGAGUUUUUCAAUAAAAUUAAAAUGGUGAUAACACGAGAAAUCCGCGAGGAAAUCGAAACCACGGUAAAUUCAGCUGUGAACAAAUCCAUUAAAACGGAAUCGCUUAUCAGUGAAAUUGCACAAAAAGUCUCAGAAGCAAUCAUAAAAACGAUUCAACAGAAGCUGCUAUCCAUGGAGAAAACAGUGGCGGAGCUUCAGAAAAAGAAUGAUACAUUAGAAAGCAAACUUAAAAGUCUAGAAACCAAAAUUAACGACUCUGAUAAAGGAAAAGAUGAGAUGGAGCGGAAAUUGGACCAAAUUGACCAAUCAACAAGAUCAACAAAUCUUAGAAUAUUUAAUCUCAAAGAGACACAGAAUGAAGAUACAAGAACCGAAGUGAUGAGAAUCCUCAACAAUAAAAUGUCCCUCAAUCUUUCAGAUGCUGAUAUUCAAUUAUGUUACAGAAUAGGUAAAGGACAAGGAAACAAAAGCAGGGGAAUUUUCCUAAAACUGAAACAACUCACAACCAAACAAACAAUCUAUGGAAAAAAGAAAUUACUGAAGGGAACCAACAUAGUAGUAAGGGAAGACCUAACUACCCUUCGUGUGAAUAUGAUGAAUGAAGCCAUAGGAAAACUGGGAUUGAAAAAUGUGUGGACUGAAAACGGAAAGAUAUAUGUAAACAAAGACAGUAAGAUAACUAUCAUCAGAAACAAAAAUGAUCUUAGAAACGUACUCGAAUAAUUUUUUGUCACAAAAAAAAAAAUCUUGAAUAAAUAGUUCCUUAUUUUAUUAUUAUCAUGUACAAACUUGUUACUUUUGUUAAUUGUUAAUUUUCCCAUUUUCUAACAUUCCUAAGGGAGAUCAAUUAUAUUACAUUAGACAAGAAAUGCUUGGACUUUUGAAAACUCUAGACAAUGAACAUGAAAUUCAAACAAAGGAAUUGAGUAAUUUUCAGGAGUAUAUAGAUGGUGAGGAGAGUGGCAGGAUUGGAAACGGAAUCGGAAUUGCACACUUUAACAUUCGUAGUCUUAGAAAACAUUUUGAUGAGUUAGUAGCGUAUAUAGAGGCAGGUAAAGACCUUUUAGAUGUUAUAAUCCUAUCCGAA